AGAGUUCUCGAUACAUGCGUGAUUUCAUUGCCUAGCAACUACAGCUUACACUAAUGGAGGAAAUGUCUGUCUUAAAUGCUUUUGUAAGCGAAACUUAACAUAUGACAUGGAUACUGGGAUAUUAAAUCUACAGUGGUGCAAUGGCUAUAGUGGCUCCCCAUUGUUUUUUGUUGACCUUGGUGUGCUUUGCUAUCAGUGUGGCCGUAACUUGAAGACUAUUUCAAUAGAUGGCAAACACAGUUCAUUUGCAUUCAGAGGAACAUCUGUAGGACCCAUAGCUGUCCACAAAAUUAAUAAGCAUAUUGCUUUUGGAGAGUAUGCUGAAAAUCCAAAGAUCUUUGUUUUGGCCUACCCAGGCUAUACAGAUAUAGCUGUUUUAGAAGGUGGUGCUGAUCUUCUAUUUCAAGAAAUAGUUUUUUCUGAAGGGAGGCACAUGCUUAGUGUUUCUGGUGUUCCAAAUUUUAAUAUUGUAUUAUGGGAUUACCUUGCUGGAACAAAGUUAGCCUCUGUACCUAUUUCACCAGAACCUUUGAAGUCUAUUUCAUUUAAUAAAAUCAACUGGAGACAAAUAUGUGUUAUGUCAGGCAAUAGCAUCACACUAUGGAACAUUGAACAGUGUGGAAAUAAAUACCUUAUAACACCACGGAAGGUGACUUUGCCAGCACUAAACAGUACAGAAGUGCACAGUGAUACUUUGACCAUUAACCAUGUUGAGAGAGCCUCAACAAAGUCUUCAAAGUUCAAUUUGACUGUUCCUGAUUCAUCAGUAGCUGGUCUUAUUGGUGAAGAAGUGCAACGAUUAGAAACUCUUAAAGACACUACAGCCAAAGUCAAGCCAAGGUCGAUGACAUGGCUGCCAACAGGAGAUUUUUAUGUAGGCUGUGAAGGAGGUGAAAUUUUUAAGGUUGAGAGUGAUCUUUGCAGCACAAAAUUAAUUUAUAGUCCACCUCCAGUGAAAGAAAAGAUUGAUGGAUUGAGUGAAGAGAUCUUUGAAAGUCAAGAUGAUGAUUUAGGCCUGAAACCAGGCUCAUUGGAUUGCCUUGCCUUUCAUUCUAUAGGAUUAUAUGCAGCUGGAAAGGACGGUGUUAUACGUUUAUUCGAUGUUUCCAAAGAUGAGUUGUCAUUAAUAGAGGAAAUAAAGGUGAACUACCCAGUGACUACUUUGACUUUCAGCACUAACUACAGCAGUCUAGCUUGGGGGUCACCUGAGGGAAUCAUUCAAGCAUAUACCUGUGGAGACAAAGACUCAGUCGUAACACUCUUAGAUGUCAGCAAUGGGAAUAUUGUGGCGGUUGGAGGUCUUUCUAUUGGAUCAGAAUGUUGUGUGUCCCUACGAGAAAAUGGACAUUUUCAAAUUUGGAAAUUAACUGAUGGAAUUUGUGUUGGGCAGAUACACCUGAGAGAGGCAGGUUCUGUUUUGGCCUGCAGCCCAAUCGCUCACUAUGCAGCUGUUGGAACCACACAAGGAGUUAUUUGUUUUUUGGAUGCAUCAAAACCUCAGACACCUAGAAUAGUGAUGAGACAUAGACUGUUCAGACAGGCUGUGAAUUACUUGACGUUUAAUGGUGAUGAAGGAAGAAUUCUAUUUGCUGCAUCAAGAGAUAGUAACAUUUUUCUAAUAGAUGGCAGGCCAAGCAGUGGUUUUGCUAUUCUGGGGUCUCUCACUGUGACAGGAACAAUACUUGCUCUUUCUGCUAAUCAUUAUGGUAAAGAUAAAUCUGUGUUGGUGGCCGCUUGCAACAACAAGCCAGAAAUAAAAGGAGCAAAUAUACUACAUAAGUAUACCUUCACUUCAACUGUAUUAGAUGAGAUUCAGCGCCAUUACAGAAGUUCAAUGUGUGAUAUUGAUGACCAAGCAUGCUCUGCACUUAAAAUGGGUCUUCGUCACGCUGUUUGUGGACUUGCUAUUGGUGAUGGUGAACUUUUGUAUGCUUUGAGUGCUAGCAACAAAAAGAUUUUGACUUUUACUAUGCCUGUUCAAGAAUCGGAUAAACCUUUGAAAAAGAGUGACUUGCUUCUGAAUCCAACUGGAGAAUAUCCUGGUCACCAACUGAGUGGUGGAAAUGUUUUGAUCUCUCCACACUUGAAAUGGCUGCUGUCUUAUUCAAGUGAUGGCGCUGUUAAACUCAGGAAUGUGUCAGCAAUGGAACGGACAGCUAUAUUUACACCACAUGAAUAUCAACUUGGUGGUAUCAAAUCUGUGGCCAUAUCAGAUGACUGUCAGUACAUUUUGUCAUGUGGUUUUGAUGGCACCAUUGCUUGCUACCAUUGGAAUCAUUUGAAAGGUAAAGGUGUUACAAGUGUUUAUAAACAAAGAAGAAACAGAGACAUGGAUCUUUUAUUCAGAGAGAAUCCUAAGCUGUCAGAGUUUCAUGAGAUAAGUAAUCCAGUGACUGAUAUGCGGAGGGCAUCUGAACUUGAAAGGGAAAGGAGGGAGUUGAUUGAACUGGCCAAGCAGAAAGCACAAGACAACGAUGAGAUUUAUGUCUCACCACCCCCAUCACCACGCUUGAAUGCCACAUGGUUGGAACAAAGACAGAUUGAUUCGUUAAGCCAGGAAAAUAAACAUUUUGCCAGCAUCAAGUAUGAUCUGAGGUCACAGAUUCGAGACAUACGUAGAACAAUUCAGCAAAUGAUGGCAGAAAACAGAGAUCUCCCUGAAAUUGAGAAAUUAGGUAGACAUGAGUUUGAUUUAGACCUUGAAGAACAAGCCAGGUUACAACAAGAAGGAGAAGCGGAAGUUCAAAAAGUUAGAGAAAACAUAGAACUAGAAAAUUUGGCAAAGUUGUACAUACGUGAUAAAAUCAAAGAAGAAUGCUGGGAUAAAAUGUCUGUCAAAGGGAGAGCACUUCAAGCUUUUAACUCAGCGCUUGAAGUGAGUAAUUUCCCUUUACGUGAACGAACUGUAGACCAAUUGAACCUCAUCAAAACAGUGUCUGUAAGGAGAAGCAUAGAGAAAAGGGAAGCAGAGGCUAGAAAAAAGUUGGCAGAAUUUAAUAGCAAAUCAGCUGUUCAUGAGGAAGAAGAAGGAGAUGAUGAUGAAAGCAGCAAAGAACAUCCUUCAAUAACUGGCAGCUUAGGUGCUCAAUAUGGUGGUGGAAAUCCUCUCUUCUACAGUCAGUUUGAACUUCAUUCCAGAGAGCAGAAAAUAUACCAGAUAAUUCUAUUAGAGGAUGCUAUUCACCGGAUCAAAGAAAAUUUUAACAAAGAGUUUGACGACGUAUUCAGCAAAAAAGAACAAGAAAUUGCAAAAGUAAAAGAAAAGAACAAGAGAAUUAGUAAAAUUAUCAAAGACUUGGGUCUGGAUGAGUCCAUAGUAGAGCCUAAUAUGAGCAUUGCAGAAAAGCCAGAGCUUCUGUUGGAAGUUGCAGAUGUUGAAAUAAAAGUGGAAAAAUAUUUAACACCUGAACAGAGGAAAAAACUGGAGGAAGAAAAACUCCUUGAAGAAGAGCGGCUGGCGAAAGAGAGGGGAGACAAUGCUAGAGAAAGAGCUCUGGAAAUGAUGAUGGGUGGUGUUUUGGAAAUCAAGAAAGAGGAUGAACUUAAAAAAGAUGUUCCAAAACCAGCCUUUAUGUUGACAAAGAAAGAAGAGGAAUACACUGAAGAUGAAGUGAAAGCUUACAAAGAAUAUCUGAAAAAAGUUCAAGACCUUAAUGAAGAAAGAGAAAAGUUUAGAAAGCAACUUGAGGCUGAACUCCGAAAACUGCAGGCUGCUAUUCAAGAAGGUCUGCAGGCCUUUGAUGAAGUACUCAAUGUUCUUUUCAUGCGUAAAAUAAAAGUAAUGAUGGUGAUAUAUCAGGAAGAACUAAAGAUUUUAAGACUUCGCUUUUCCAUGUUAAUUCAUGAGGAAAUCACUAUCAGAGAUAAUGACUUGCAUGAGACAUUGGAGCUGAAACGACAUGCAAAGCAACAAGCAUUUGAAGGUUUGGCAGAAGCAAGGAAAAUUUUAGAUAUUUUUCGUAAUGAGUAUGAACACUUGCAAGCUGAAGACAAAUACCUAGACAAGUCUUUCAGAAGAGAAUUUACAGAUGCUCUGGGUGUUCAUGUAGAUACUUUAUACAAACAAUUCAAGAGAAGACCAAGGACACAGAAAUUCAGAUCUAUUGAUGGGGUCAAGAGAAUGUCUAAUCCAUUUUCUGACCGACCAUCAUCCUCUAUUCAGCUUAAUCAUCUUAGAACACAGUUAGCUUCUGGUCUUGAUGAUCUAGAUAAGCCUCACAACAUGCCAGAUGGCAUUGAUCACCAUGCAUGGGAAAAAAUGUGUAAACUUCGACGAAACAAAGUGGAAAGUGAACUUCAGCUGAAAUUGAAGGCCAAUACUUUAGCAGAAAUACAGACGUAUGUUCACAGACGGCAAGAAGAAGAUGAUAAAUAUAAAGCUGAAAUGGAACAAUUAACUCAAAUGAUUGCCAAAAUUAAAGAAGAUGAGCAAAGAUUUAUUUUGAAUUUGGAAGUACAGUUACUCCUGAAACAAGGACAGAUUGAAGUUGAAGCUGGUCCUUUUAUUCGAGAUUUCAGAGAAAGUGUUCUGGUGCAUCGAAAUGUUGUGGAAGAUCUUAAUACAACAAUUAAGCAACUUGGGGAAAGGAAAAUAGCCAGCAUGGUAGAAAGCAAAGAUUUUAGGAAAGGAAUUAUCCAGCUUGAAUGGGAGCACAAGAAAAUGUCCAUGCAAAUGGAGGAUUUGGAGAAUAAGUUAAAAGACAUACAAUUUAUUAAAGUAACCAGAGAGAUACAAGCAUAUUUACAUGAAGAAGACUAUGAAGCUAAGAAAGCUGAAGAAAUCAGUACUUUAGAGCAAACUGUGUCACAGUUGAAAAAGUUUCACGAGAAGACUCUUGCCCAGAAGAAACAGUUUCUCAGAGACAUGGCAAAGAGUACUAAGAACAAAGCUCUCAACAACAAAAAACUUGAUGAAGAGUUGUUAGACUUGAAUGUUGUAGUGAAUGAAAGGAAACAGAUAGAAGACAUCAACAUUGAAAAUCGGGAUGAUGAUUCUAUGAACAGACGAUACCAAGAAAUAGUUCAAAGGAGAAAGAUGGUGGAUUUAGCUAAAGCUCAAGCACAGGAAGUUGCUAUUUUAAGAGCAGAAGUGGAGAGACUUCGCAUGCGUACAUUUCCAGCUCUUGUUCAAGUUGAGCGUUAGUCCAGAAGGGUCUUGUACAUACACUAACUGAAACUCUGUUUUAGCUAUUGACUUUGGCGGAUAUUAAUUAGGAGGAACUGUCAAUUAUAUUAAUGAAUCAGAAAUGAAAACAAAAUGAAUUUUAAAAUCAAAUGAACCUGAUUUAUCAUUCAUUGUGUUAAAAUAUUAACACAGUGCACGUGUAUUGUUCAAUGUAAAAAAAAAGUUUAUUUGCAAUGGAAUUAUUAUUAUGCUACACAGAAAUCUCCAAGGUAUUAUUAUAGGCUUUAAAAACUCAGUACUCUUAUACUGAUUGAGACUGUGAUAAUCAUUUAAAAAAUAUGCAUACAGAUUUGUACAACAUAAAAUUCAAUAAUAAAAGCUUUGUUUAAACAUU